AUGACUACCCCUAACGAGAUCGUCUUCUACGACAUUGCCAUGGCGCCCCCGCGCAACAAGACGGUCUGCUCGCCUAACCCGUGGAAGACCCGUCUUGCGCUCAACUUCAAGAAGACGCCUUACAACACCGUCUGGGUUCCGCUCCCAUCGAUCAGCAAGGUGCGCCAGGGUCUCAAGGUCCCCGCCUGCCGCAAGUUUAUGGACGGCACCGACUUUUACACCCUCCCCAUCAUCGAGGACCCGGCGACGGGCAAGCUCGUCGGCGACUCCUACGACAUCGCCGUCUACCUGGACCAGCAGUACCCUCAGUCUGGCGGCGAUCUGUUUCCCGACAUCCAGAUCGACUACAAGCUCGAGAAGGACAUCCCGAUCCUCGUCCCCCUGACCGACUGCAGCGGCUCUCCGCACCCUCAGUAUGCUGCUUUCAACAUGAACGUCGACGCAACGUUCACCCCUUACGUCGGUCUCGGUACGCUCAACUUCCCCUUCGACCCGACUACUGCCGAGCAGACGCACGCCGAGUUCGUUCGCCGCGCCAGCGUCGCGGGUAUCACGAGCUGGGAGCAGUUUGAGAUGAAGGGCGAGGUCCGCCAGAACACCCUCCAGGCGUUCGAAAAGGCCACCUCAGGCCUUGCGAAGCUGUACCAGGAGACGCCUGGCCCCUUCCUCACUGACAAGCCGUGCUACGCCGACUUCAUCGUUGACGGAUGGCUCCAGUGCCUCUCUGUCAUCCUCCCCAAGGACGAGUGGAAGAUGCUCCGCUCCUGGCACAACGGCACCUUUGGCAAGCUCUUCGACGCGCUCGCGCCGUACAAGCACGUUGACGAGGAAACCGACUUCACCUUCUCCGAGGGUGCCUAA